AUGGAACAGAUGGCAGUCAGGACGCUCCACAGGAACCCUCUGCAGGCUGUGUGGCUGUGUGGUCUGCUGGCUGCUCAGGUGCUCAGCUGUCCAGAUUCCUGCAGCAAGUGUUCAGGCCCAGAACAUGACCACUGUGAGCAAUGCAGAGCAGGAUGGACACUCCACAAUAACACCUGUGUAGACAUUGAUGAGUGUGGCACUGAGCUGGGUAUCUGUCCUACAAACAGAUACUGCUUCAAUACACAGGGUUCGUUUGAGUGCAGAGAUUGCGACCCGGCCUGUGUGGGCUGUAUGGGCAGUGGACCAGCACGCUGCAGGAAGUGUGCCUCUGGGUACUCACUGACAGGGUCCAAAUGUUUGGAUAUAGAUGAAUGCAGUGACAGGGUACUUGCCUGCCAUGGUCUGGAUGAGAUCUGUACCAACACAGAAGGCUCUUUCCGCUGUGACUGUGCUGAGGCAUUCAUCCACAAAGAUGGUGUCUGUGUGAAGAAGCAGCAGCCUCGCGUUCAGGACAAAGGUCUGUUUGAGGAUAUCCAGGACGACGAGGUGGAGGUGCUGCAGCAGAUGUUCUUCGGGGUGGUGCUUUGUGCUCUGGCCACACUAGCUGCCAAAGGAGAUAUGGUCUACACAUCUGUAUUUAUGGGGGCAGUGGCAGCCAUGGCAGGGUACUGGCUUUCUGACAGGGGGGACCAUUUGUUAAACAACUUCGUCAGGGGACGUUAACACAAAUAGUACAUGCUGUAUGCCAGCAACUUAAACAAUUACUGUUCAGAAAAUGCAACUGAAUCUGCGCAUUCACUUUUGUUAUAAACAAUAUUCGUUUUUGAUAUGAAAGUAUUUUGCUCUGAAAGAUGGUCAUAUUUGUCACACUUUUCUCUCAGUUAGAGAAAUUGUUGUGGCAAACUUUUAAGCACUGAACUAUCAUGAACAAAAAUGUAAAAAAUACUUGGGGCUUAAAGGUAGGGUAGGUAAGAACGGAGAAACCAGCUCGAGUAAGCUAGAAUUUGAAAGUACACAACCGAAAAAAAUCUGCCCCUUCCUUCAGAC